AUGAGCGAGCGCCGCCUGCUCCUGCCCCUCAAGUCGAUCCGCGCCAGCCCCGGCGCCAGCUUCGCCUCAUCCUUCCUCACGCUCUCGUCCUCGAUCCUCGGCGCGGGCCUCCUCGCGCUGCCCCACACGCUCGUGGUCGCGCAGCCGACGCCGGCCCUUGUCGCCCUCGGCGCAACCGGACUCCUCUCGCUCGCGUCGCUGCACUCGCUGACCGUCGUCGCCCAUGCCACACAAGCGUACUCGUACGAAGCCAUCACGAGGCGGCUCUGCUCGCCGCACCAUGGCCAGCUCAUCCGCGCCAUCACGCUCCUCCCGCUCGUCGGCACGGUGGUCAUCUACCUCCUCGUGGCCACGGACCUCGUCGCGCCAUUCGUGGGCCUCUCGCGCCCCGCGAUCUGCGCGCUCCUCUGCCUUGUCCCGUUCCCGCUCUGUUUGCCGGACGUUGUGCCCAACUUUCUCCACUGGUCCCGCCACUUGAUCGUGCUCUGUGCGCUGUACCUUGCGCUGAGCCUCUCGGGCCACUCGGUCGGCGGGUCCUGGCCAUCGAACGCGGCGUCGUCCAACUGGAUGGACGUGAGCUACGUCGUCCCGAUCCAGCUCUCGAGCUUCCUCGGGCAUGUCCAGCUCCUGCGGACGUACGGCACGAUUGGCGACGGCCAGCAGGCGCUCACGACGCAGCGAUACCUGCCUCUCCUCGUCGUCGUCUUUAGCCUCGGCGUCUACUACGCGGUCGCGACCUUCGGGUACCUCGCGACGAGCGGGACGCCGGCCGACAAUGUCCUCGCGUCCUUUGCGUCUGACGCUUGGGACGUCAACGUGCUCCGUGUCGUGCUUGCGAGCGCGCUCCUCGUCUCGAUUCCGCGCACGUUCUUUCCACUCCGCGACAUCUUCGAAGACACGUACUUUGCCGAGCGCAAGUCGGUCGGGCGCCUCGUCUUCCGCAUGGUGGCCACGCUGGUCUUCUUCGCCCUCGCCGGCGGCCUCGCCGUGCUGAGCCCGGGCCUCGGUCUGACGCUGUUUUGGUUUGGCGCAGUCGUCGGCAGCGUCGUCAUGCUCGUGCUCCCCGGCUUUUUCCUCUUUGAAGUGACCCAAGGCCCGGCGUUUGCGCUCCCGGGCACGACCUUCUACAAGAUCUUAGCCGUGCUCUUGAUGCUUCUCGGGCUCACGCUUUCGGGUGUCGCCAUCUACGGCCUCGUCGCCACCGCCAUUGCGUAG